GGAGGAGGCGGCGGGCCCGGGGCCGCGAGCGCGCGGGUGACAGGCCCGGCCUCGCGGGGAGGCCCGCGCCGGCGGGCGCCCCCGCCCCGCGCCGCGCCGCCGGUUCAUGAAGCAUGUCGGCCGCCAGCGUGGACCCCCAGAGGCCAAAAGGACAAGACGCUAAAGUACAGAACGGUUCUUUGCAUCAGAAGGAUGCAGUUCACGACCAUGACUUUGAGCCCUACCUUUCCGGACAGUCGAACCAGAGUAACAGUUACCCCUCCAUGGCCGACCCCUACCUGCCCAGCUAUUACCCACCGUCCAUCGGAUUUCCCUAUUCCCUCAGCGAGGCGCCGUGGUCUACCGGAGGGGACCCUCCGAUCCCGUACCUCACCACCUACGGACAGCUCAGUAACGGAGACCACCAUUUCAUGCACGAUGCUGUUUUCGGGCAGCCCGGAGGCCUGGGGAACAGCAUCUAUCAGCACAGGUUUAACUUCUUCCCCGAAAACCCUGCCUUCUCGGCCUGGGGGACGAGUGGGUCUCAGGGGCAGCAGGCCCAGAACUCGGCUUACGGGAACAGCUACACCUACCCGCCGAGCUCCCUGGGCGGCACGAUCGUGGACGGACAGACGGGCUUUCACGGCGACACCCUCAACAAGGCCCCUGGGAUGAACAGCCUGGAGCAGGGCGUGGUGGGCCUGAAGAUUGGGGACGUCACCGCCUCUGCGGUCAAGACGGCGGGGUCGGUCGUCAGCAGUGUGGCGAUGACGGGCAUCCUUCCUGGCAGUGGCGGGGCGAACGUGACCAUGCCAGUGUCGAAGCCGACCUCGUGGGCGGCCAUUGCCAGCAAGCCGGCCAAACCGCAGCCAAAGGUGAAGGUGAAGAGCGGGCCUGCCGUCGGCGGGGCGCUGCCCCCUCCCCCUAUAAAGCAUAACAUGGACAUUGGCACCUGGGACAAGGGGCCUGUGCCCAAGGCCCCGGCCCUGCAGCCGGUGCCGGCCCCCCAGGCCCAGCCGGCCGUGCAGCCUCUCCCCCCCCAGCCCCCGCCUCCGGCCCCGCUGCAGCAUCCGGGCCCCCAGCAGCCCCCCCAGGCCCGCUGGGUUGCCCCCCGCAACAGAAGCGCGGCCUUCGGGCAGGGCGGGGGGGCCGGGGGUGACCGCAGCUCUCCCGGGAGCGCCCCGCCCGGCAUGGCCCUGGGCGCCGAGCCCCACCCCGUCCUGGAGAGGCUGAAGGCCGCCCACAGCUACAACCCUCGGGAGUUCGACUGGAACCUGAAGAGCGGGCGCGUGUUCAUCAUCAAGAGCUACUCGGAGGACGACGUGCACCGCUCCAUCAAGUACUCGCUCUGGUGCAGCACCGAGCACGGCAACCGGCGCCUAGACAGCGCCUUCCGCGCCCUGGGCAGCCGGGGGCCCGUCUACCUGCUCUUCAGCGUCAACGGCAGCGGCCACUUCUGCGGCGUGGCUGAGAUGAAGUCGCCCGUGGACUAUGGCACCAGCGCCGGGGUGUGGUCCCAGGACAAGUGGAAGGGCAAGUUCGACGUGAAGUGGAUCUUCGUCAAGGACGUGCCCAACAACCAGCUGCGGCACAUCCGGCUGGAGAACAACGACAACAAGCCCGUCACCAACUCGCGCGACACACAGGAGGUGCCCCUGGAGAAGGCCAAGCAGGUGCUCAGGAUCAUCGCCGCCUACAAGCACACCACUUCCAUCUUCGACGACUUCUCGCACUAUGAGAGGCGCCAGGAGGAGGAGGAGGUGGUGCGCAAGGAACGGCAGAACCGACACAAGCCGUGAGGGUGAAGCAGGUUCUUGCGCCGUCAGACGUGGGGCCGGUGCCGUCGGCGGGCGUGUGCUCGGUGCUGUCUCCUGGCCCCGGCCGCAGCCAACCCCGUGCAGGGCGCGCCAGCUUGUGUCUUCAUGUCCUUUGUAGUUUAUUUUCGCCCGGACGACCUGCAUCCGUUUGCGUGUUUCUGUGUGUUACCAUGUAUAGAGCUCUCUGGUAAAGGACUGUCUGUCAGGUUCUCAGCCACACUGGCCUAACGCGCAGUGUAAGUACCCUUGGCCUCAAAACCCUAACCCAUCCCAAAGGUUUAUUAUUAUUAUUAUUAUUAUUAUUAUUAUUAUUGGUGAAAAUUAUGUUAUUUUUCUUACAAUCGCAGCCAUUUAACAUCUUUAUACGAGACUUCUCGUCUCUCACCCCUUUUGCUUUAGUAGCGAAUGUAGGAAGCCACGCGUCGUCUGGCAUUUAGCGUUUUCUGUUCAAAGGCUUCCCUUCAAGAUGCUGAAGCCAGCAGGCUGACGAUCACCGUGUUCGGCCGCUUGGCCGCGUCACCUGUCGUCUGUCUGAGAUGCUUUCUGCCCGUUGAUUCCCACUAGGCGGGAGGAUAAAUCUCCGUUUCUCCAACUGGGUGAGCCCGCUGUUUCCUCAGAACACCCGCCUCCCGCAGCUGCGCACACCAAGGUUAGGUCACUGCUCAAGGUCGGGCGGUGACCCCAGCCCGGGCACGGAGGGUUCCUUGCUGUGUGCAGACUGUCUCACUCCCCGCUUUUCUUCGCUGGGGAGCCCUGAUGCCGUGUCACGUUUGUACCAGUGACGCCGAGCUUUAAACGUGGGGUCUGGUCGUCCUGACCGCGUGGUGGCUGACGCCCCCGGCUGCAGAUGUCAGCGUGUAUCUCGUUUCUUUUUCCUGUUGAAUGGGUGAAAAAAGCAAAAACAAAAGACCUUUUAGAAACACUUUGCUGUCACGUCCCGUGGAACGAGGGGCCGCCAAAGCACUUGCCCCGGGAGUCGGAGUUGGAGCUCAAAAGCCGGGCGCACGUGCCAUGCAGAGCCUCCCGUGCGGAGCGCAGGUGCUUUCUGAAAACCGUGUACUCGACAGACCCUCGCGGUGCAGGCGCAGCUGUUUUAUCUAGACUUGUAUUUAGAACGUGUCACUUUCUCUGAACCGUUACUGCCUGGGCGGAGUCACGGGCGACAUCGGAUAACUUCCUCUAGGAGAAUACAGGCCUUAAUAAACUAUACCUA